CGCAGAGUCCCACCUGUGUCCCCACAGCCCUGUCACGAAUCCCGGUCGGGUUCGAGAAGGGACCGCCUCGGCUUUGUGGGCCGGGAGCGGCUCGGCGGUGGAGGACUCUCACUUUCUGCUCCAUCCCGGAGCCGGGCCGUCCCGCUGUCUCCUGCAAGUGGGCCCGGCAGUUGUGUCUCCUCAUGGAUGCCGAAAUAAAAUGAACUGAUGACUCUCAAUGAUGUGGCUGGGGACUUCAGGGAAGAAUGGGUUACCCGGACCCUGCUUAGAGAAUGCUCUUCAGGGAUACCACCCAGCACAGUUACAAGAAUGGGCUCUCCCAGGGAUUUCCAGACCAAGUGUGAUUUCCCAGCUGGAGCAGAAAGAAGAACCGUGGACGCUACCGCUCCAAAAUUUCGAGGCAAGAAAGAUCCUACGGGAAAGUCACACAGACUUUGAGAAUCAGGUGACCAAACUCAGUCGGGACAUGUCAGAAGCAGCAGAACGGUGUGGAACAUCCUCAGAAAGGGCCAAUAAGGAUAUUUCUCCUCCUCCUAGUUGGGGAGGAAACUGGGAGAGGGACCUUGAGUUAGAAGGGGAACACGGGACCCGCCCGGGAGAGGGCCAGCCGGAGCCCUUUCCACAAGGGAAGGAUUUAAAUGAGCUCCUGGACGGAUACACAGGAAAGAAGCCCGUGUGUGCAGAGUGCGGGAAAAGCUUUAACCAGAGCUCCUAUCUCAUAAGACACCUACGAACCCACACUGGCGAGAGGCCUUAUAAGUGCAUCGAAUGUGGGAAAGGCUUCAAGCAGAGUUCAGACCUUGUCACCCAUCGCAGAACGCACACGGGAGAGAAACCCUACCAAUGCAGCGGCUGUGAGAAAAAAUUCAGCGACAGCUCUACGCUCAUCAAACAUCAGAGAACCCACACAGGCGAGAGACCCUACGAGUGCCCCGAGUGUGGGAAGACCUUUGGGCGGAAGCCACACCUCGUCAUGCACCAAAGAACCCACACGGGAGAGAAGCCCUACACGUGUCUCAAAUGCCAUAAAAGCUUUAGCCGAAGCUCAAACUUCAUCACCCAUCAGAGGACCCACACGGGCGUGAAGCCUUACAGGUGCAGCGACUGUGGGGAGAGUUUUAGCCAGAGCUCAGACCUGGUGAAGCACCAGCGAACUCACACGGGAGAGCGGCCCUUCAAAUGCGCAGAGUGCGGAAAGGACUUCCGAGAUAGUUCUCACUUUGUAGCGCACAUGAGUACCCACUCGGGGGAAAGGCCUUUCAGCUGUCCUCACUGCCGCAAAAGCUUCAGUCAGAGUUCACACCUGGUCACGCACCAGAGGACACACACAGGUGAGAGGCCGUUCCAGUGUGACAACUGCGGGAAGGGAUUCGCCGACGGCUCUGCCCUCAUAAAGCACCAAAGGAUCCACACGGGGGAAAGACCCUAUAAAUGUGGCGAGUGUGGGAAGAGCUUCAACCAGAGCUCCCACUUCAUUACCCAUCAACGAAUCCACGCAGGAGACAGGCCCUAUCGCUGUCCCGAGUGCGGCAAAACCUUCAGUCAGCGUUCCCAUUUCCUCACACACCAGAGAACCCACACAGGGGAAAAACCUUUCCACUGCAGUAGGUGUGACAAGAGCUUCCGCCAAAAAGCACAUCUCUUAUGCCAUCAAAACACCCAUUUGAUCUAGGAAAUGGUCUGCUGCCCCUGCCAGAUUUUCAUUUCUCUUGUCUCCAAGUGCUCCAUGUAGAGAAAGCCUGAACCUGGGCAUCAGAGGCUCAGGUUGGGCCCCGGUCUGUCCUCUGUUUUCUUCCCCGCUUUAAUGGCGGAGAUAAACUCAUAGGCACCAAAUAAUAUCCUGAACACAAAAGGCAUUCCUUCAGUGUUUUUGACUGACCUUAGGGGUGAGUUUGACGGUUGAUGCUUGGUAAGUAAAAGAGAAGUGAGAUAAAUGUGGCCACAUUAUCACCGUUAGUGAAUAAUAUUUGAGAUCUUAUAAGCCCUUAAUACCGUAUAAUGGCUGGCCCUUAAAAGUCUCUCGGUACGAAGUUGGUUGCGUUUAACUAGCCUUAUCACUUGAUAAAGAAUCCGUUAGUGCAGCCCCGCAAGCCCAGAACUUGCCAGAAAUGAGAUUGCCACUAGAAGAUUUGGGGUGUGAACACAGAAAACAGAAAACACUCUCCCAAUCCAGGGCUGUGCAGGCAUUAGUCACCAGAUGUCUCAUUGCCAUGACGAGGCAGAAUUCUUGAAGAGGAUGUUUGUGGUCCUGUCAUUUAGAGGCUGAAAGAAUUUCAGAAGCUCUUUGUACAGCCGUGUAUGAGGUACUCCCACUGGAGGUUUGCUAUCAUCUGAGGCACAAAUAUCCCGUGAUGAACAAGCCCAAGGGACCUGGAAGGGGACUCUAAAACUAUGGAAGCAACAUUGCUGUUAAAUAUUACCGGGAUCCUUCCUGGCAUUUAGGUGAAGGAAACAACUCCUGUCUUUGAAUCGCCUGGGUCAUUGGCCCGUGAGUUUUAAGUUACUGUGACUCCCUAAUUUUUUUUUAAGAGUCAUUCAUUCGAUGCACCAGUACAUUUCUGUAUUUAACUGAAAUAAAUUGAGGGAAGGCAGUGUGUUGGAAAGAACACUGACUUCCUUGAGAAGGUGAGGUGUUUGAGACCCGGCCCUGACAUUUAAUUUGGCCGGACUUUACCUUCUCUCAGCCUCUACCUUACCUACCUCACAAGAUUGUUGUGAGGCUCUAAUGCGCACACAUGCACACACACACAAGCACUUUGUUGUUAAAUUAUAAAGUAAUAAUGUGUCUAAAGUUCAGUGUU